AUGAAUUCUCCAUUUAAUAUUGGAGUUACUGUUUGUGGUUCUCCAGACAGUGGAAAGACAGCGUUCAUUAAAAGACUUACUGACGAUGAAUUUUCUGAAACAAAAAUGGAAAAUUAUGUAGAACAUCAAAAAUUAAAACAAAUGACAAUAGAUAAUUUUCCUAUUCAAGUUAGUAUUAUUGAACGUGGUAAUGAAUCAUUUAUGAAACAAGCAAGCACUGACCCUGCUUCUCGUGGAGACAUUUUGUUUUAUUUAUUUAAUGCCACUGAUAAAGAGUCAUUUGAUAAUACGUUAAAUCUUUUCAAUUAUUUUGUUCGGCUUAAUGACAGUGCAGUUAUGUAUCUUGUUGCUAGUUUUACGGAUUGUGGUAAACGUGCAAUUAGUAUGACUGAAGGGAAAGCUUCUGUAAAUGAUCAAGAUGGUUUUUAUGCAGAGAUAAGUUCGAAAACAGGUGAUGGAAUUCAAGAAUUAUUGCAAACAGCAAUUCACAAUUACUUACAGUCACAAUACAAGUUUGUUUAUUUUGUCAAUUUCCUUUUAAGUAAUUGCCUUUCUAGAACUUAUCAUUAG